CCGGCCGGUCCCCUGCUUUUCCAGUUUGGGGCGGGUCCGGAGAAUGGCUUCGGAGAUGGAGUCGUCUCUCGAGGCAAGCUUCACGUCCAGCGGUGCGGUGUCAGGGGCUUCAGUAUUUCUGCCUCCGGCUCGCUCCCGUAUCUUCAAGAUAAUCGUGAUCGGUGACUCCAAUGUGGGCAAGACGUGCCUGACCUACCGCUUCUGCGCCGGCCGCUUCCCGGACCGCACCGAGGCUACUAUCGGGGUGGAUUUCCGAGAACGAGCGGUGGAGAUUGAUGGGGAGCGCAUCAAGAUCCAGUUAUGGGACACAGCAGGACAAGAACGAUUUAGAAAGAGCAUGGUACAGCACUACUACAGAAAUGUACAUGCUGUUGUCUUCGUGUAUGAUAUGACCAACAUGGCUAGUUUUCAUAGCCUACCAUCUUGGAUAGAAGAAUGCAAACAACAUUUGCUAGCCAGUGACAUACCACGGAUUCUUGUUGGAAAUAAAUGUGACUUGAGAAGUGCCAUUCAAGUACCUACAGACUUGGCACAGAAAUUUGCUGACACACAUAGUAUGCCUUUGUUUGAAACCUCUGCGAAAAACCCCAAUGAUAAUGACCAUGUGGAAGCUAUAUUUAUGACCUUGGCUCAUAAACUUAAGAGCCACAAACCAUUAAUGCUUAGUCAACCCCCCGAUAACGGAAUUACUCUGAAGCCUGAACCAAAGCCUGCAAUGACAUGCUGGUGCUAAGUAACAGUCUUUAUUAUACUAUCUAAUUUUGACAAAAGAAAUACUUUUGAAGUAUGACAGUGUUAAGUCAUAAGAUUUAAUCUCAAGUAUAAUGGAUCAUCCUGACACUUUACUAUUUAUCAUUGUCAUGCUGAUUUUUUGUAUUUUGUAUCUACUUAAUUAAGUUUGUCACUGUGACAACACAGGGAAAAAGUUGGUUUUCAUGUGAGGUUGAAAAUGAAGCAAAGGGGCGCCUGGGUGGCGCAGUCGGUUAAGCGUCCGACUUCAGCCAAGUCACGAUCUUGCGGUC